GGGCGGGCGCGGCGCGGCCGGCGCCAUUUUGCCGGUCGGGCUCGGCGGCGGCGGAGCGACGAGGACAGUCCGUCCCAGUUCCCCCAGUCACGCUGUCCCCGACAGGUGCCAGCACCAUGGAGUACGAGCGCAGGGGGGGCCGUGGGGACCGGACGGGGCGCUAUGGGGGGGCCCCCACCGCCCCUGAAGAAGGUUCCCGUACCCAACGGGAUCACGACUAUCGCGACAUGGAUUAUCGCGGUUAUGGGGGCCCCCCUGAGGGACCCCCAGCCUCGGGGACCCCCCCGCAGGCCUCCUACGAGGGUUCGGAGCCCCCCCGGAAGCGGGACCCACCCCCGGCACCCCCUACCUUACCCUUUGGUGCCGACGGUGACUACCGGGACCAGGAUUACCGGCCUGAGGCGGCCGAGGAGGAGCCGCGGGCCAGCACCAUCGUCAUGCUCCGCAUGCUGCCGCAGGCUGCCACCGAGAACGACAUCCGAGCGCAGCUGCAGGCGCAGGGAGUGCAGCCCCGCGAGGUGCGACUGAUGCGCAACAAGUCCUCAGGUCAGAGCCGUGGCUUCGCCUUCGUGGAGUUCCACCACCUGCAGGACGCGGCGCGGUGGAUGGACGCCAACCAGCAGGGGCUGAGCCUGUUGGGGCAGCGCGUCUCCCUCCACUACAGCGACCCCAAGCCCAAGAUCAACGAGGACUGGCUCUGCGCCAAGUGUGGGGUGCAGAAUUUCAAGCGGCGGGAGAAGUGCUUCAAGUGCGGCGUUCCCAAAGCUGAAGCGGAACAACGAGGUCCAGGGGGGCCCCGCCCGGAGCUGGUGCCGGGGGGGGGGGGGCUUCUCCCCCUCCCCCAACCUUAUGCCCCCACCCUGGGGGGGGCCCCUGGGGGGGCCCAAAGUGGGACCGAACCCGGAGCUGAUAACGCCAAUGACACCAUCAUCCUGCGGAACCUGCACCCCCAGAGCAGCCUGGAGUCCAUCCUGGCCGCCCUGGCCCCUUUCGCCGCCCUCUCGGCCGCCAACGUCCGCGUCAUCAAGGACCGACAGACGCAGCUCAACCGCGGCUUCGCCUUCGUCCAGCUGGCCACCAUCGUGGAGGCCUCCCAGCUGCUGCAGAUGCUGCAGGCCCUGCACCCCCCCCUGCACAUCGACGGCAAGAGCAUCAACGUGGAGUUCGCCAAAGGCUCCAAGCGGGAGGUGCAGGGGGCGGGGCCAGGGGAGGGCACGCCCCGUGCCAGCGCUGCUUCCGUGGCCUCGACUGCCAUCGCCGCCGCCCAAUGGGCGCUCUCCCAGGCGGCCCCGGGGGGGGGCGAGAGCACGUGGGCGGGGGGGGAGGAGCCUGCCGCCGACUUCGGCGCCUUCUACCAAUCGGAGGAGCCCUUUGGCGGCCCCGCCCCUCCCUCUACGGCGCCGCCUACGUCAAAGGCCCCGCCCCCCCCGGCCCCGGCCCCGCCCUCGCAGGCCCCGCCCCUGCCAAGGCCGAUGGCCCCGCCCCUGGCACGGAGGAGCCGACGGUGCCGGGCUUGGACCCCACGGCGGGGGGGGGAGGGGGGGGCACCUUCCCUCGCCCCCCCCUCAGGGGCCCCCCCUUACCCCUCCCCCGCUGCCGACACCCCCGCCACGACCCCCCCAGGAGCCCCCGCCCAGACCUACACGGGGUCCCUCAAGGCCGAGCCCCCCAACCUGACCCCCAGCGGGCCCCCCCCGGCCGCCCCCCCCAGCUCCGAGCCCUAUGGCCAGUAUCCGGUGCCGGACGUCUCCACGUACCAGUACGAUGAGACCUCGGGCUACUACUACGACCCCCUCACUGGCCUCUACUACGACCCCCACUCCCAG